UGGAUGAGUGACAUCAUCCGCCGCCUGAGGAGGAUCUCUGACGCUGUGUCGUCCUCCGGCCUGCGGGGGCGCUCUGCUCACUUUACGUCACUGCGGCCGCUGUGAUGUAAGGUGUGACGUAUCACCGCGGUUCAAAAACACCCCGGGAAAACUGAUCCGGAGAAUCACAACCAGGACCAGGACCAGGACCAGGAUAAUAGCUCUCCGUCAUGGUUCAGGAGUUUCACGUCCUCCAGUGUUUUUCCUGUCAGAGCUUCCAGGUUCAACAGGUGAAGAAGGCGCCCAGGUGGAGCUGUAAACUGUGUGGAGAGAAACAGUCGCUGCUCAAGGAGUCUGGGCGGGGCUCCGCGGCCGACUGCAGGCGCCAUGUUCAGAAGCUGAACGCCAUGAGAGGAACCCUGAUGGAGAAGCAGGAGCGCAAAAACUGGUCGCUAUGGAAGCAGGUGGAGGCAGACGGAGAGGAUGAAGCCGAGGAGCCCGACCAGGUGAAGCACGCUCAGGUGACACAGACUCAAGGGAGCCGCUGGAGGAAAUACCUGGACACACCUGAGGAGGCGGAGCCAGAUGAGGAGGAAGACGACGACAGUGUUUUGAUGGACAGGCAGCAGCUCCAUGGCAACAACAUGACUGACAGAAAUCGAGACUCAUCAGACCAGGCGACAUUUUUCCAGUCUUCAACUGUCCAAUUUUGGAAGAGGAAGAGAAGAGAAGGAUGCACUGACAGCGGAGGACAGGACGACUGGACACCUGAACAGUCCAACUGGUCCAGUCUGAAGAAACCGGCCUCAGCCAGAACCAGGACCAACAGUCCUCCCAGUAAGAAGAGCAUUAACCCCGGCUGUGAGAGUACUGGUCCAGUCAGUAGUUGGGCUAGUUUCCUCAGUUCUGACUGCCAGGUGAAGGCGGAGGGGGAGGGGCCUUCAGGGAGUGGGAGGAGUCGUCACAUGGGCGGAGCUGCCUCUCUGCCCUGUAAUGACACUAACCAGACUCCGCCCCUCGCCAGGACCCGCCCCCUGCUUCCUGUUUCCUCCAUGUUCGAGAGUGGAGAAGAGUUCAGCUUUGACGAGUUUCUGACAGCCGAUCAGUUCAUCAGUUAAUCCAGCGAUCGCUUCAGAUCUUCUGUCAGUCGCUGUGUUUCUGUCUGGGGAGAAAUGGAGAGAUGAAAUUUAUGUGAAAACCUGUUGGCUUGUUGCAAACAUUCAACAUGUGACCAGAUCUAUUGAUCAGAUCAGUAGUUUCAGGUUCAGUCCUGAUGUGUUUAUCGAUCAGAGCAACAUGUGACUAAUAAAGAUCAGAAGGUGGAGACGGGA